AUGGAAAGAACGAAAUCAGUACUUAUGGAUGUGGACAAAAACUACUACGACAUGAAGGAUAUAUUAGCGUGCAAGCAAAGCCUUAGGUGCUUGUUCUCUAGUCCUCUUCCUCGAGAGAUCUUUCACUUAAUUGGUCAAAGAGCGCCCGAUAUGGAAGGAGGUUUCUGUCAGGCAGAUUUGCCACUUUUCAUGAUCAGAACUCUGCCCAGUUGUAGGGUUGUACCUCCGGCCGAAUUCAGUCCUAUACAAAUGCAAGUUUUGCGCGCAGCACCAGAACAUGUCGAUGUAAUGCAUUUGAAUCAGUUCUACUUCAUUCUUUCGAGACAUAUUGUCAAACUAGUUCGAGGUGAGGAUGGACGCUCACUGGCGGAGACAGCACUGUUUUCAUUUCUCCAGCGUAGUGGUUGGAUCUUAAACUGUGCGUUGCAUCAAGGCGCAAAGCCAAAGAAAAUUGAUUCAACCGAAGUACAGCUUUAUCGAGAAGCAUUCACGUGUGCACUACAGUUCAGCCGUUGGUUCAAUUCAAGGCAAGCCAUCUGUCGUAAAAGAGACAGUAGUUAUUUAGACUGAAUCUAAGGAGUUUCUUCUUGUUAUAUUCCUUCCUUUCAUCGAGAAAUGCUGUUGACGACUUGGAGAAAGUGAUGCUAUUUGGCUAAUUCUGCUGCUUGUGGUUUGAAGUUUAAAAUUGUUUUUCGCUGACGUCCUUCACAUUAAGUGAGGCAAUAGGAC